AAAACGUGGCUUAAGUGCUGAAGAGAAAAGAAUAAGGAUGAUGGAGAUAUUCUUUGAGAAAAAAGACUGUUUCCAGCUAAAAGAGUUGGAAAAGAUCGGUCCAAAAGAAAAGGGCAUUACUUCCAUGUCAGUGAAGGAGGUAGUGCAGAGUCUUGUUGAUGAUGGCAUGGUGGACUCUGAGAAGAUUGGUACAUCUGUCUAUUUCUGGGCCUUUCCCAGCAAAGCACUAAAUAACAGGAAAAGAAAAAUGGAUGAAAUCACGAGUAAGUUAGAGGACACAGAAAGGAAGAAGAAAGUGUGUGAGAUGACAUUGAGUGAAAGUAGAGUUGGACGAGAGGACAGUGAGAAAAGAACAAAGUCGCUGAAAAGUCUUGCAGAAAGGGGAGGAGAGAGAGAUCAGUUACAUGCCGACUUGGAGCGUCAUAGGGAGUGUGACCCAGAAGUUCUAGAAGAGACCAAACAGCAAAUCAUAGUUUCAAAAGAAGCCGCAAACAGGUGGACUGAUAAUAUAUUCUCACUAAAAACCUGGGCGAAAAAAAAGUUUGGAUUAGAAGAAAGUGUAUUAAACAAGCAGUUUGAAAUACCAGAAGACCUUGACUACUUGAACUAGUAAGUUUAGGUAAUAUCCUUGCAUAUGAGUUUGAAUCAGUAAGCAUACAUUGAUUGAAGAAGUUGCAUUGCCAGAGUAGAAUGAAUGUGAUCUAUAAUCUAUAGAGGUGAGGAUUAUUUUCCUUGUUACUGUCUUUGAAUCAAUUCAUUUGAUCUUGCUCAUGUGUGUCGUUGCCACUGUUACUAUAUAUAAUACUAACUAUAUAUAUGUAAACUAUAUUAUAAUUUGUGUAAAUAGUGCUUUUCAUCACCAUUGUAUCGAGAUGUAAUUUUGCUUAGUAAUAAUCUAGUAUGGAUUUUAUCUUAUAACUACCUGUGUUCUACGUGUAUAGUUUCCAUCCAUUGGUGGUUUUACGAUGGAAACGUGAAUUUAUUUGAAAGACGUUAUGUUUUUAUUUUCAUAUUAAACUUGCCAUAUAAUAUACUUA